CAACCCUGUUUUUGAAGGCACAGCAACAACGACGCGCUGUUUGCGAUAAAAAACCUAAAAUCAUUAUUUCGCUUUAAAACUGUUAAUUAAUAGAAUAUGGAAUCGCCGACGGUGAACGAAGUUGCAGCCAGUUUGGGUGGUGACAAGCUGGAGGUGUUUCGCAAGCUGAAUCUCCUGGAACAACAUCGCGUGGAGAGCUAUAAGAGUUGGCCCUUUCCGGAGACCGCAUCCUGCAGCAUUUCGAAGAUGGCCGAGGCGGGAUUCUAUUGGACGGGCACCAAGCGGGAAAACGACACCGCCACUUGCUUUGUGUGCGGAAAGACCCUGGAUGGCUGGGAACCCGAGGAUGAUCCGUGGAAGGAACACGUGAAACAUGCACCACAAUGCGAGUUCGCGAAGCUAUCGUGUCCCGAAAGGAAUUUAACCGUAUCACAAUUUCUGGAAAUUCUUGGAACCGUCGUUAAAGGCAGCAUAGAGAAAACGUGCAAAGCCUUCAAAUCGAGCUUCGUUCGGGAGAACGAGAAGCGUCUAGAUGAGUUUACGCGUAAUCAAAAAUAAAGCGCUAAUUUUUAAACCUUAAAUAUACAUAUAUAAAACUCGCUAUUUAUCAAGAUUUUUAAUAAAACGCAAUGUUAGUACCAUCGAA